GUAACUGAUGGGCGCAUGGUUUCAAUAGUCAAAUAUAGUCCUUCUUUACUUCAUUCAUACUUCGGUUCACCAAUACAUCAGCACAUAUCACGCGCUGUGUAGAGGUAUCGCUAGCAGAGUAUGAAUGAAGUUGUGACGUGCUGUACUGUAAACUUUUAUUUGUAUCAUUCGAGUAUGAAAAUAUGUGUGUGACAAUGAAACCAGUGCAGUAGGAGAAUGUACCCGACGGUGGAUGCUUUAGGUAAUCAUGACCACAGUGACUCGCGUUUUAGCCACCUCCAGACAGGUUCUCUGGUUGCCAUUGCGAAGCAUUGCCACAACAUCACCUGUGUUCAUAAAGCCCAGUGCCGUCGUCCAGUUCACUCAGAGUGCUGUCAAUCUUCGAAACGUUAGAAUGCUUCAGGAACGUAAGCCUUUUACGUCGGAUUUCUUCCUACGACAGCUUUUCGACGAGAAAUCCUGGACCUACACAUACCUGCUGGGUGACGUCACAAGCAAAGAAGCCGUGCUCAUCGAUCCAGUGCUUGAGAGAGCACCCCGUGAUGCUAAGCUAAUUCUGGAGUUGGGCUUCAAGUUAACCUAUGCAUUAAACACGCACAUGCACGCGGAUCACAUCACCGGAACAGGAUACCUCAAACAACUUCUCCCCGGCACCAUCAGUGUGAUCUCCGAGACAAGUGGGGCAAAGGCGGACAAGUAUCUAAAGGAUAAUGAAGUACUGAGGUUUGGUCGAUUCGAGCUGAAGGCACUUUCUACUCCCGGUCACACCAACGGUUGCAUGACUUUUGUCGUUGAUGACCAGGGUGUAGCUUUCACCGGGGACGCUUUAUUGAUCCGAGGUUGUGGUCGCACCGAUUUUCAAGAGGGUGAUUCUCGAACACUGUACAAAUCGGUUCAUGAAAGAAUAUUCUCGCUUCCCGAUAACUACAGACUGUUUCCUGCCCAUGAUUACAAUGGUAACAUGGAAACCUCCGUGGCGGAAGAGAAACAGUACAAUCCACGCUUAACUAAAGAUGUCGAUACCUUUGUUGAGAUCAUGGCAAACCUAAACUUGCCUUAUCCAUCAAAGAUAGAUGUAGCUGUUCCUGCAAACCGCGAAUGUGGUUUGUAUGAUAUUCCCAAGUAGGUAGUAGAACCUGUUUCUGGAUCGUAGACCGACGGAUUUAUCAUUUUUUGACGCUGAGCAAUAUAAAAGUAUUUCACUGUUAGACGCAUAAACGUUUGUUCUCUUGGUUAUGAACAUAAAUUCUUUAUAGCAAUAAAUUUAAUAAUUCAU